UUACUUAGUUUAUCAAUUCUUAACAUCACGACUCUUUCCAGGGCCAUGCUAGCCUUGAGGAAUCACAAGUAGAGGGCUGGUGGUCGAAGGCAGCCAGAGAGCGUGUUGCAGGCCUAUGCUUCCCGCGGUGCUCACCUCGACCCACCCAGGAAUUGAAGCCCCAUGAACUCAUCGAGGGAGGAGUGGUGGGAGAGCACCGUCUUCGAUUACCAAGAGGAGGCGGCGACCACACGCGGGGAGGGGCUGAAGACCAAGGAGACUCCCACCUCCAACCUCUCCACCGAUGACCUGUUGGAGAACCUGACGUGGGCGCGAGGGCUUGGGGUGCCUCGCGUCUGGCUGCUCACACACUCUGCCGUCGCGGUACCGCCUGAGCUGCAUCUGCUGGUGGCACUCAUCCUCACCACCAUCGGUGUCCUUGGCACUGCUGGGAAUGCCAUUGUGGUGUGGGUGUUCACUAGAUUUCGGCGGCUGAGAACACCUGCUAACACCUUCAUUGUAAAUCUGGCGGCGAGUGACCUAAUCACCUCCAUGCUGCACUCCAUGGCCGCCUACUCCUCCUUCAGACACCAGUGGUCCUUCGGGAGAUUAGGCUGCAGCGUAUACGGAGGCGGCGUGGGUCUGCUGGGCCUGGUGUCCAUCGUGACGCUCUCCUUCAUCGCAGUGGAGCGGCUCAUUGUCAUCAGAACCUCGUCGUCUUCCUCCAAGUGGCGUAUCACUCGUCCCACCGCCAGGAAGCUGAUCCCCGCCAUCUGGGUGUAUUGUUGCGCCCUUUCGCUCCCGCCCUUCUUCGGUUGGAGCGCCUACGUCCCUGAAGGCCUAAUGACGUCAUGCUCGUGGGACUACAUCAGCAGGAACAGCAGUAACCGCGCCUAUUACGUGUACCUGCUGGUGGGUGGCUUCGUGCUGCCUGUCACAAUCAUCACUUGCUGCUACACCUACAUACUGCUGGCACUCUUCCGCCAUUCGCGCCUUCUGCUAGCCCACGUGCCCUCCAGAUCUACCUCUGCUCGUCGGACAGACCUCCGAACUGCCCAGAUGGUGCUGACACUCAUCCUCCUCUUCACCAUCAGCUGGAGUCCCUACGCCACCGUGAGCUUCAUCGGACAGUUCGGAGACGUGCGGCUAUUGACGCCGUGGGUGUCCGCCCUGCCGGCACUCUUCGCUAAGGCCUCGGUCAUCUACAAUCCCAUCGUGUACGGCAUGAGCCACCCUCACUUCCGCUCCUCGCUGCAGCACCUCUUCUCCAGUGUUACCUCCACACACCAACACGUGCACUACAAAGCCUCCACUGCCGCGCGUCACGUCUCCGUCAACUCAGUCCUGGCGCUGCCGGAGGAUACCCAGUACCGCCCGUGGCAGUCCGACGCCUCUCCCUCGCCGCGGUGCCCUACUGGGUUCACUCCUCGGGGGCACUCCAUGGGGCCGACGCCAAACGAGGAAUCAUGGACCUGCCUGCUGAUGCCAGACCUCACCACGCCAGCCACGGGGGACGUCGCCAACCUGUCAGAGCCAGACCUGCUGAGGCACGACGAUCGCAUCAUUCCGGCGCAUCUCGUCACCUUCGCCGCCUACCACCGGGAGAAGAGACGCUUCCUCCGCUCCGCGCUCUUUUGUUCAGAGUCGUCACUGGAGCGCUACGACAGACGGCCCACCCCACAGCGGCCAAGACACACCUACGUCGGCGGCGGGGGUGGAUUGCUGCCCACCACUACACCCAACUGUGUGCUGGAGCAGACUGGGCCUGGCACCUGGGACCACAUGGCACUCCUCGCCCCCUCGCUGCCCCUCAACAAUGACUCCACGUCAAUAGGUUCUGCCUCUCCUGAAACCCCACGGACGCGCGCCACAACCUAUUGCCGGAGCCCCAAACUGGCACACUCCAAGUUCGUGACCAAGAAGACCAAGCGACAUUCAAACUGCUGCCAGUGCGCCGCGGGGGAGCUGGCCCAGACCGUCACCGUGGCCACCAUGAAUAACAACCGCCGCCGCUCCUCUACCAUCCACGUGUGUCUGCGCGGCAAUCUACACCAGUACGUGGACGUGUAGCCUUCAGGACGCUGAUGAGGACUUCAUAGCAUGUUGCAUUGCGUCCCGCCGCUACGCAAAACAGUGUACACGGGCGGGAGGCGGUGACUGUUGACUCUUGUAUCCACGACGCCAUUAUCAACGUUAUUCGAGGAGGAUGGAUCCUCCCAACCUACAUCUUUAGAUCGUACUAGCGCCCCACCUGUAGGGCAUGACAAAGCCUUAUCUCCACCUAUUAAAGUUCCGUAUAGUAUUUUUCUAGAUCAUUCAGCCCAGCAGGCCUGGCAUCUCCUAGACACUACUGGGCUUCAUCCGUACUGGAGGGCAAGAUGUACAUGCAGCUAACAACAGAUGACACACUCGUUAUGUUAAUUACAAACCUAAGGACUAGAAAUGUCACUCUGCUAUAUAUGAUUCACGAGAUAACUGACUAGUACUCACUAGUGGAGGCGUGAUACUCUGGGACCGCACGCUCAAAUUUUUCGACGUCACAUCUCAACUGUAUUAACAGGCUGUAGCUGAAGCUGUUUCGGUUUUCAAGAGUGUUUUCACGAUACUAGUGAUUGCUUGACAAGAAUAGCAAACACACCAACACAAACUAUGUCUCAAGCCCGGAAUCUCUCUCUCUCUCUCUCUCUCUCUCUCUCUCUCUCUCGAACUGCGAGUUUCAAACCUUUAAUCACGUCAUUAAUUACUACUUCACACGAUGACUCCGAACAGGGAGUGGGGGGAUGGGGGCAGCACUCAGUCAGUCAACAGUGGUAGUAGAUCAGUCACCCGGCUGUCUUAUCUUGAGGGCAUUGCGUGUUGCAGACGGUCAAGCGGCUCGUGAACUCCUUCCUCGAGAUAGAGUCAUUGUUGUUGCUGACAUUCGUGUGUAGUUAUCACUCUUGAAAAUACACUAGUUAAUUAACGUGUAUAUGGGGUACUGAUACGAUCAUAAGUAUAAAGCAUGGUACAAAGAAUACAGUAGGCCUAUACAUGGCAGUCUGUGGGUAAAAUUUGCAUGCACGUGCUCGCAUAUCAUUCCUCUCCAUAUGUAUUCGCUCAUUUAUUAUUUAUUUAUUUAUUUACUGUUUUAGUUUCUAGUUGACUAUAUUCUAACAGUCUGAUUACCGAGUGCGUAUGUUCCAGUCAUCUAUAACCCUGUUUGAGAAAAGUGUCUUCUACUUCCAUUGAUUUUUUUUUUUUCUUUCGAUUUUAAAGAGAUUCUUGAUUAUCAAACAGCAGCACCAGUCUGCCUUAUGAAUAAUUACACGAGUACAACUGAUGGUGAGCAAACACAUCGUCUAAAUUUACGAGUUACAUGAAGCUUUGAAUCAGGAAGAGAAUGAAUUUGAUCUUUUAACUUCCCUCUCAACUAAGGAAACGACCUAAUAAAUGAGUAUAUUCCGGUCGUUUAUAACUCUGAGAAUCAGUGUCUUCCUAUUUCCCUUUUAAAUUUCCAUCGAUAUUAAAGAGAAACGGGUAUCGGACAGCAGCACCAGUUAGACUUACUUUAAAUUACACAAUGUUGAAUUCAUCUGGUCUCCUCUGAUGAACGAUCCAUACGAGCUAAUAAGUGAGCUAAUGUUUCGUCCACGUCUUAUUUCAUGUUUUGAAUUAGAGAUUCAUGAAAACAUCCUGGAAUCCCCUGAUGACUUCCGCUAGUGUCUUUUAGAAGCAGUAGAGAUAAAACGAUGAUUCCUGUGAUCUCGAACUUCGACAUGAACGACGAUGAUAAUGAUAAUAGAGUAAUAUUUAAGUGCGGUAUGUGUGUGUUAUGCGGCAAAGCGUUCCCCGAAUCACCAAAUACCUGUAAAUACAUAUGGAAAGUAUCAUUGCUCUAUAACAAAACGUGCCGCCGUGACAAAAUUGCACACACACACACACACACACACACACACACACACAGAUCAAAGUUUGAACUUCCAAUAUUUUGAUAUUUUAGUAAGCAAUGCAAGUCUUUCAUGUUAUUCUUUAGAGUGGAAAAUCAG